CCCCUUCACUCCUAGAAAGUGAACCGAGAGUGAUGAGAUGCCUAUGAUCAUCAGUUCCGGUUAAUAUAAGAACCGGGAAUGAUGCUCUUAUUCGUUCCUGGUUUGCGGUACAAACCGCUUGCAAGAACCCUCCACGACCACCCUUCCCCACUUCAACAAAUGCAAGAUCGCCCAUUUAUAAUUCAAGUCUCUGAUGCAUUUGUAAAUUAUACUAUAAUACAUGCACGACGGUCCAACUUACACAUCAUGCUGAGCAAUCUAUAGUUGCACACUUGCACUGACAUCCCACAGUCUUCAUCACCACCGACGACAAAAGCAAAGAAAGCAAGCUGCCACUGCCAUGGCGCACGGCGGCGCAGCAGCAGCGCCGCUGCUCCCCUCGGCCGCCGCGGCGCCCGACGCGUACGCGCCGCCCCGGAACAGGUUCUCCUUCGUCUGCGCCACGCUGGCCUCCAUGACGACCAUCCUCAUGGGCUACAACCUCGCGCUGAUGAGCGGGGCGCAGAUGUUCAUCCGGGAGGACCUGGGCCUCUCCGGCGUGCAGGUCGAGGUGCUCACCGGGUCCAUGAACGUGUUCAUGCUCGUGUCCAUCCUCGCCGGCGGGUGGGCCGCCGACCUUCUCGGCCGCCGGGGCACGCUCGUGCUCGCCAACGCCUUCCUCAUGGCCGGUGCGCUCGCCAUGUCGGCCGGCGGCAGCUACGCGGACCUCAUGGCCGCGCGCUUCGUCACCAGCGUCGGCGCCGGGUUCGCCCGCGUCGUCGCUCCCGUCUACAACGCCGAGAUCUCGCCGGCGUCCACCCGCGGCGUCCUGUCGUCCUUGCUAGACAUGUUCGUCAAUGUCGGCAUCUUGCUCAGCUACGUGUCGAAUUACGUUUUCGCCGGCCUGCCGGUGCACCUUGGCUGGCGCGUCAUGUUCGCCGCCGGCGCGCUCCCACCGGUGUUCCUCGCCGCGGGGGUGCUCGCCAUGCCGGAGUCGCCGCGGUGGCUGGUGAUGCGCGGUCGCCACGCCGACGCGCACGCCGUGCUCGUGCGCACCUCCGACACCCCGGCCGAGGCCGACCUCCGCCUCGCGGAGAUCAAGCAGGCCGGCGGCGUGUGGAAGGAGAUGCUCGUGCGGCCGACGAAAAGCGUGCGCCGGAUCCUCGUCUGCGUGCUCGGGCUGCAGUUUUUCCAGCAAGCUUCCGGCAUCGAUGCCAUUGUGCUCUACAGCCCGCUGGUGUUCGAGAAGGCCGGCAUGCCGUCGAGCACCUCCGUCCUCGGCGCCACCGUCGCCGUUGGGGUGGUCAAGACGGGCUUCAUCCUCGUGGCGACGUUCCUCUCCGACCGCGUCGGCCGGCGCCCGCUCCUCCUCGCCAGCGCCGGGGGCGCCACCGUGGCGCUGGCCUCCGUAGCCCUGACGCUCUGCGUCGGCGCCGGCGGCGAUGCGUCCUCGUCGUCCCCUCUGGCGACGGCGGCGUGCGUCGCGUCGGUGCUGGCGUUCGUGGCGGCCUUCUCGGUCGGGCUCGGGCCGGUGGUGCCGACGUACAGCUCGGAGAUCGUGCCGCUGCGGCUGCGCGCGCAGGGCACGAGCCUCGGCACGGCGGCGAACGGGGUCACGUGCGGGCUGGUGACCAUGACGUUCAUCUCUCUCGCCGACUGGAUCACCAUGCCUGGGUGCUUCCUCCUCUACGCUGGCGUGGCGGCAGCCGCGUGCGUCUUCGUGUACAUGAAGCUUCCGGAGACUAGUGGGAGGAGCUUGGAGGACAUGGACGUGCUUUUCGCCAAGUGAUGUUGGUUGCGUAAAUUGGACAGUGAAGUGAGGUUUUGCAGUAAAAAUUGGGCAGUAAAUUGCGUAAAUUGUGAUU